CACCCAAUAAACGAAACAAUAUGCAACACCAAGAAAUACCAAAAUCAUCAUAUGAGUUCAUGUUUCAUGUUCUUAUUGUGCCACUUGAAAUACCAUGCGCCUCCAUAUUAACUGAAAUAUUUUGAAAUACAAAUGAAAUGAUAUUAGGUACCUUAUGGAUUAUGAAUAUUGAAAUCCCUUAAAUUACAUAUCCUUACAAAUUCUCCAAGUACUCUUAAAAGUCGAAAUCUCAUUCAAUCAUCAUAUAAUUUUGAGCAAACGGUAUUGAAUGUGUGACCAGCUCUUUUUAAAUUAGGAACAUCAAAAAUAAGAACUUAUUUUUUAAUACUUUUGAUCGGAGAUUUCACCGUAAGCACUAAACAGCAAAAGACUCAAUAUUUCACUGCAGGUCACUAUUGUAUGUAAAAUAAUCACCACGCAAAAAAAGAAUCGUUUCCGCUGCUAAACGAUCAUCAACAAUCACCCAGGGAAAAUACGUCGAUCAACACGUGUUGACUGGCGAUCGUUUCAAAUGUCGAUGGACCUCGAAACCAUCAGGUUAUCGGAAUGGAACGGAGAGGUCCGGAGCGCCGCACUGCAUGGAAACACCAUUUAUCACGAAUUGGGGAAAAAUUGCACGAUGCGCUCGGCGGCGAUUGCUAUAUUUAAAUCUUCUGGUGGUGAAUCACCAUCGCCGGUCCGUCGGCUAACCCAACAACUGAACUGGGCCAUCAUCGUGCUUAUGAGCAUCAAAACCACCACCGCCGCGCGCACUACAUAUGCUGUUGCGCUUCGUCACGGCGACAAGCAACGCGACGACGGUGCGGUGAUGCGAUGGCGAGAUGAUGAUGGUGAUGAUGAUGGGAGCAACAGAACUCGAAUUUCCUCCUCGCUCGACGUGUGUUUUAUGACUGCGUUGGGAUUGCUGCUGCUGGGCAGCAUCGUCGGUGUUGUUGUUGCGGGUGGAAAACCGAGAAAAAUGCCACUGACCAAUGUUUUGUUCUAUUUUGAACCGAUAUUAUACACGAAUUUUCUACGCUUCACGAGACUAUGUGGGUGCGUCUUCGGCCACUCCCGGAAGGCAAAAAUGGAUUUCACCGUUAGAGGCAUAAGUGCUGCUGCAAACUGUAGUUCUACGAGCAGAAGGUAGUUUCUAAUUUAGUAGCGCGCCGGUUGGAUAUGGCCCUUCAUUUAGUAGAUAAUUAGUUGGCGGGAGUAUGCAAGACUUCACCAAGGAGGAAUUUGGUCUUCUUGGUGGAAGUGUUGUGAGCGUCGAUAAGGACCUGUCCAGCCAUAGCCAGCAUUUCAAUGUGCACAUACACGGGAAUCACCAUCAUCAGUCACUGCAUCACCAUCACCACCACGGGGUGAUCGGAGGAAACAUCAUUCCUGAGUCAUCGUCGAUAGCCGACGAAAUUAAGCUUAAUCAGAAUGGUGAUCUGAUUGAAACAAACGAAAGUAGCAAACUGGAGGAAGCAGACCGAGAUCUGUAUCCCUGGAGCACGAACAAUAUCGGAAGCCAAUUUCUACGCAGUUCGGACGACCCACUCAUCUCCGGAGGCACCAACGACAAUCAAAACGAUAAUGAGCUUAGCGUUGCUACCGCAUCCCAGUCAAUGUGUUCAUCACCCACUCCUCCGCCCACGCAGAAGCAUCGCAACAGCAUUGUCGUACCUACGUCGAUCCUGUCACCCGAACUACCCGAUACUCCGAUAUCGCCGCUACCCGCGCCACCAAAGCAGUCCGGUGGCCACUCAAAUCGCCGUGGGGCUACACCCGGUGGCGCUGGCCGCCAACGGCGUAAAGGACCCAUCAAAUUACGGUUCCACCACCAAGCCCUUCCACCAGAAUAUCUGGACCAUUAUGAGGCGACCCAGAACAUCGCAGCUAAACGAGAACAACAACAGCAGAUGCAAAACUACUCCGGUACACGUUCUAGCAGGAUGGAGAAGCAAGCAGAACAGGAACGUGAGGAUCGAACCAACGAAUCGGUAAGAAAUUGGCUACAGAAAAUUUUGGAACUUCAAAAGGAGGGCGUUUCCCUUGCACCUGUUAAAGAUGAAACGGAAUCAACUCAACAGAAUGCAUCUCCUGGAGCCCAAAGAAAUAAAGUCAUCAGCUACAGUGAUUUGCCUUACAUGGGAGAGAUGACUUUGGAAAAUUCGAAGCCACGAAGAGGUAGAAAGCCAAAGAAGGCUGAUAUCUGCCAUCUGAUAUAUAAAAAUUAUGGCACAAUCUUACCGGGAACGCCAAAGCCAGAAUCUUUACAAGAAAGGCCAAAUAAUGGACAUCGAGCGCAAACUAGGAGCAGUAGUUUACUAGAAAGGCGUCUUAUGUCCAACGAAAAAACUCAACAGGAUGGAAAGGGAAAACGGGAAGAACCUUUAAAUCUUUGUGUCAGAGAUGGUGGAGGAGAUUCUUUAGACGUAUCAAGUUCGGAGAAUGAAAGUGAUGAAGUAUAUGAUUCUUCCUGUCCAACACCCAUCAUAACACCUACCGACAUCAGCACCGAUCAACUACUUGCUACAAAUAUGAAAAUGUCACUGCCAAACCUGCACAACACGAGUGCAGCAACACCCUCUAGUGUAGAUACUCCGUCCACAGCAGAUACACCGCCAGGGUACAUGUACUGGCCAAAUAUGGGCGGCUUCAUCCAUCCUAUGGCCCUAUACUAUCAGAAACUAGUUGAUUCGAACAAUGCGAUAACACCUGGUCAGUCAAGUUCAUCUACUCCCAAUUCAGUCCCCAGCACUCCUACUGAAAUACUGAACCCCAAACUACCAAUUUCAUCCACCAACUCAACUCCACCGCCCCCAUCAUCGGUCGCACCUAAACAAGAGCCACAGCAUACACUGACUCCCAAACCGAUUUCCCAACUCAUCAAGCCGGAGAAACCCUCCAAACAACAGUCAGACUCACAGUCUUCGACCAGCAAAAGCUCACCACCGACUCAGAAACGAAAACGAUCGGCUAUUUUCAUUCCGCCAGUUCCGGCGGAAAACAGUACAAAUCCUGCCACCGAAGUUAGCAUUUGCAAGUUCAAGUUCACUGGCGGGGCGAAACCGUGUCUCCAGGAGAAGAAGAUGCUCAGUGUAGACUCCGGUGGGAAUUUCCGAUACUACUCCGGGACGGGGGAUAAAUCAAUGCGAGGUUAUGAAUUCUUUCCCCGCGAAAGUCUGCAACAGAGUAGCCUCCAUUCAACAACCACCACUGGAGCAUUCCUGAACACGCCUCCGGUGGAAAAAAUAGCUUGCGAUCUGCCGCCUCCUUCGUUGGGGCUUAGCAACGACAUUCUACAGAUCCCGGAAUUCCCUAGUGCUGCUGGUCUGACAGGGUUGACUACCGCGGGAAAUUCUUCCAACCAACAGCGUCGUCAGCAUGCGUCGGAGUACAAUGAAGCACGACGUGCCCGACGACGUUCACGGCGUUCGUCCCAGCGUGAAACGUUGGAGAAAACAUUCAAGGAAAAGGGAUUUCUCAUCCAAACCCAACAAAUGCAAUCGGCUGAAGGUGCGACCUAUUGUAAGUUUAGACAAUUACGAAAAUUUACCCGCUAUCUCUUCCGAAGCUGGAAAGACUACCUUCCCGGAGACCUACAACAGCGAACAUCACCCGGAGAACAUCCUCACGAUGGGCUGCCAAUGAACGCUGCAGCCAGCCUACUCUUGGACGAGGACAGUCCUUUACUCGAGUAUCCCAGUCCUGGUAUGUUCAGCGACCGUAGAGAACGAUCCAUGUCGUCGCCGUCAUCCGUUUCAACCCCACCGCCGGAUAUUUUACAACCACGAUCAGUGCGAAGAUCGAGAGACUCAUCACCAUCACGGUCUCCAUUGCCCAACUCGUCAGCGCAGUUUCAUUCCACUUCGCUUACCAAGGAACGUCGGAGCUGACAGUUAGGGGCCAAAUAGAAUGUUAUCAUCAUAAAUAUUGUUGCCAAAGAUUAGUUACUAAGAAUUUACAGGCUAAUUAAAUUUUCAGAAAGUUGUAUUUGAUAUAGUAAAAAUAACAACGAUCAUUUAAUGAGAGGAAAUUCUAGUCUUUUAUUUUUAAAUGUUCUCUUUUUCUAAUUUUAAAUAAACAAUUAAUUUUAUUUCACUGUUGCCAUAA